UCAUGGGUACAAUGUUGCAUGACUGCGCAAUUGUCAAAGUCUUUGGUGUCAUCUGCAAAGUCUGAAACAGUAUUUUUAAUCUCAGACCAGGGGCGCACUGACAACUCAUGGGGCCCCUGGGCAAUAGGGGAUCAUGGGGCCCCUGUGUACUUGCCCAAACUCAAAAAAGCCUAUGAAAAAGGUACCAGGGGCAUCUCAUGGGGCCCCCUACUGAUCCCGGGCCCUCAGGCAGUGCCCAAGUUUCCAAAUGGUCAGUCCGCCCCU